CACCACAGAAUAAGGAAGCUCUUCUCAGAGAGGUAUGUAUAAAGACAUUCAGAGAAUGAAUAGGAUAAAGUGGUCACAUGACCCAAUGUUUAUUACAGAACACUCAGACCAAUCAGCCCACAGGCAGAGCUAGAUGUAUCCUGUGGGUGGAGCUUUGUGGAAAUAAAUAGGGAAAAAUAUUUGCACUAGGAAGUAGGAGUUGGUGGACCUCACUGAAGACAAAUCGGUUGCCACCCAAACAUACACAAAAGCAAGAUUUGAAUACCUGGGCAGAAUGUCAGGCCAGAACUACACCCCAGCACUAUUCUGCCCCAGUCAACCGCCAGCCUUAUACCAGCCAAUGGCAAAUUCUACAAGCCUGCUGAAUGCCACAGGGACUUCAUGGUUUCUGCAAGGAAACACCGUGUUUGACGUAGGUAGAAUCUCAGGCCAGAACUACACCUCAGCACUUACCUGCCCCAAUCAACUGCCAGCCUCAUAUCUGCCAAUGGCAAAUUCUGUAAGCCCACUGGAUGCCACAGGGACUUCAUGCCUCCUGCCAAGAGAUGCAGGCAGCCAGACUGUGUUUGAAACUAUGCAAACAAGACCGUCCUUGAGUCUGAAUUAUUCCUCUGCCACUCCUAAUCCUCUUCCUUCUGAGGAAAGAAGCACGUCUUCUAUCAGCAGUGAUUUAAAUCCAUCAAUCUGCAGACAAAGAAUUGGAAGAGACCGGAAGCCACAAGAGAAACCCCCCUUAUCCAAUUCCUAUGCGCAUCUAGCAAAUCAGUCGAAGCCCACUGCUUCUUCACAACCACAGCUGAGGAUGGUGCUGCUGGGGGAGAAAGGGGUGGGGAAGAGUUCCUCUGGGAACACCAUCCUGGGACGGGCGGCAUUUGGAACCGAGUCCACCUUCAUCUCCCGCACCGAGAUUCAAACUGGAGAGGAGGCUGGGAGAAGGCUGUCUGUGAUCGAGUCCCCCGCUGUGUUCGCCACAGAAACCUCCGCCUUCGGCGACCGGCACGAGAUCAGGUGGUGUAAGGAUCUGUGUGCGCCAGGGCCACACGUUUUUCUGCUGGUGGUGAGGUUGGACAAGCACGGCAAGAAGGAGAGAGGCGCAUGCGAGCAGAUACAGGAGGCCUUCGGGCAGCAAGCCCUGGGGUACACCAUGGUCUUGUUCACGCAUGGAGACCUGCUAGGGGGGCGGCCCGCCGAGGAGCACCUUAGAGAGAGCCUGGAGCUGGUGGGAGAAUGUGGUGGCGGCCAUCACGUCUUCAACAACAAGGCCAGCGACGACCGUGCCCAGGUCACCGAGCUGCUGCGGAAGAUUGACAGAAUGGUGCUAGAGAAUGGGGGGGAGGGCUACUGUAAUGUGUUAGAGAAUGGGAGGGGCUUCAACGAUAUGUCAGCACAAGUCAAAACUGACUGGCUGGAUAGGCUAGAUAGGCUGGAUGAUAGGCUGGAAUUAGCUCGCCGAAACGGGAUGGACAAUGAGGGCCUUACAGCUUUUCCACAAGUUUUUGCUGUAUUUCUGGCAUUAGUGCUGGUGUUUGUAGUGGGGGUAUUGUGGAAAAAAUUCGGAUAGGUAAGUCUAACCACCCCAGUUAAGGAAAAAUUAAAAUGUACUAUAUCGCUCCUCUUCCCUCUGGGAUGUCAAUCACUUUUCUGAUGCUAAAUUGAGACAGGACAGAAAUCAUGCUGCUGCACCAAAAUCCUGCCUCUCUGCCACUGAAUUCUGUCUUGCCAUUGAUGACAUCUCGGUUGUUUCAUAAACCAAAAUCCGCAAUCUUGGAGUAAUAUUUGAUCUUCGCAGCUCACAUUAACUAUCACAAAAACUGCAUUCUUCCGCCUUUGUAACAUUGCUCACCUUCUCCCAUCUCCCAACCUCACUGAAACUCUCAUAAAUGAUUUCAUUUCCACCCACUUAGAUUGCUGCAAUGUCCUUUUCACCGGGCUCCCACCCAAACAUCUCCAUUAAUAAUGACAUGUCCAGAACUCUGCUGACAGGGUACUCACACAUACCAAAAAAAUCAACUCGCAUAACCUCUGUUCUCUAUCAAUUACAUUGGUUACAUCACACAUACAUUAUAAACUGCUCACCAUCACAUUCAAAGCACUUCAUAGGUCUUUAUGCCUUUUACCUCUCUGAAUUACUCUUUCUCUCUACUCCCACUUGAACACUUAGGUCCUCUAGCACUGGUCUGCUUGUGGUCCCUAUACCAGUUUAUCCACCUCUAGAGACCUUUCAAUGCCAUGGCCCCCAAGCUUUGGAAUGCCCUCCUUCAACUCCUCUGUGUAAUAGCAUUUCCUCAUUCAGAUUUCAACUAAAAACAUGUCUUUUCAUGCAACACUACUUCCUUCACAAUACACCCUCUCCCCACCACUGGCUUUUCUGCUUUGCUGCUCAUAAUAAUGCUGUUGUUGUAUUUACAUUUAUAUGUAUAAUUUAAAAAAAAUCUUUGUAUGUAUAUGUAUGUAUCUGUAUUGUUAGAGAUUAGGGUUAGGGGUAAGGUUUAGAAAAAUAAUAUUUCAAAAAUUUUCAAAUUAUUUUAUUGUAGUUAAGCAGGUUUUCUAAAUCUUUGAGAGGAAAGAAGAUGAUUUUGUUGGCCUUUUCAACAUGGUUGUAAUGUACCUCCCGUUCCAAACUCUCCAUAAACUUCAAUUGAUUUCCA